AUGCCGAACUUGCUCUCGGCGAGGUCCCGCGCUCGCAGCAACGGAGGCGGCGGCGGCGGCAACGACGACGGUGGGAUCGGGAACCGCGCGUGCUACGGCAUCGCAGCCUCCGCAAUGUCGCUGCUCCUGUUCUGCGCCCUCGCCGCCUCCGUCAGCGUCUGGAUAGCGUUCGCGUUCGGCGGACUUGCCCUGGUCGCCUUCGCCGUCGCCAGCUGCCUCGGCCCGGCCAGCUGGCGCGUCGGGCCGAGCGACGGCGUGAUCGCGGAGCGUGACGCAGCCGCCGCUGGAUCAGUGGGAGCGGCAAGGGCGCCGCGCCGGUUCGGGCUGCCGGAGGCUGCGAUCAACGCGCUGCCGACGUUCGCUUACGAGCUCAAAGGUGCCAAGGGCGACCUCGAGUCCGGGGCGGGCAGUGAGGCGUGCUCGGUGUGCCUGGAGGACAUGCUGGCCGGCGAGAUGGUGCGGCAGCUACCGACGUGCAAGCACCUGUUCCACGUCGAGUGCAUCGACAUGUGGCUGCACUCGCACCGGACGUGCCCAGUGUGCCGGUGCAACCUCUCGGCGCCGCGGCGGAAAGUUCCUGGCAAAGCUGCUCCAGCUCCGGCCCCGGCAGCAGAGGCGGAACCGCCGGCUGACGAUGCCUCGCCACAAGUGUAG